AUGACAGACAAAAUUAGCAAUCAAGUCAUCAUGGUCACUUUCAACUCGCUUUUCCUGGCGUUCGCCUCCGUGGCUAGUGUUCUCUCUGCUCCUGGAGAGUUGAUGAAGCGCCAGUCAACUCCUUCGUCUACUGGAACAAACAACGGCUACUAUUACUCCUGGUGGACUGACGGUGGAUCUCAAGUUACUUAUACCAAUGGCGCAGGUGGCCAAUACAGUGUCGUCUGGCAAACUGGUGGUAACUUUGUCGGAGGGAAAGGCUGGAAUCCCGGUGGGCCGAGAACUAUCACGUAUUCCGGCAGCUAUAACCCGAACGGCAACAGCUACCUCGCGAUCUAUGGCUGGACUAGAAACCCCCUGAUAGAGUACUACAUCGUCGAGUCCUUCGGUACCUACAACCCUUCCAGCGGCGCUACCAAGAAGGGAACCGUCACCAGUGAUGGUGGAACCUACGACAUCUACGUUAGCACGCGAACCAAUGCCCCCUCCAUCGACGGCACAAAGACCUUUCAGCAGUAUUGGUCCGUCCGCCAGACGAAACGCGUGGGCGGAACAGUCACGACCGGCAAUCACUUCAAUGCCUGGGCUCAGGUGGGCCUGAACCUCGGCACUCACGACUACAUGAUCGUUGCCACGGAAGGAUACUUCAGCAGCGGCUCUUCUACAAUCACUGUCGGUGCAUCAGAUGCUGGUGGCGGCGGCACAAGCCCGCCUGUGACUAGCCCUCCGCCCAGCAGCGGUGGUGAUGGAACUGUGAGGCCCCAUCUCUUUACCCCUAGUCGUCUUUUACUGAUGCAUUAUCCCCUUGCUAGUGUGCUGCAAAGUGGGCUCAAUGCGGAGGAUCUGGCUUUACUGGACCGACUUGCUGUCAAUCUGGGUCCACGUGCCAGGCGUCGAACCAGUGGUACUCCCAGUGCCUGUAAAGUCUAG